AUGGCUGGUUCGAUUGAAAACAUGGCAGCAAUUUAUAAGAAGAAUUAUAUGUACGUUCCUCCGACACCGCCUGCAGAGCUCAUCGACUGUAACAAUUUCAUACUAGACUUCCCCGAUCAUAAGUUUUUAAAUGUUGGACUUGAUUCGAAAGACAACUUCAAUAUUGUUAUUCAUAUAACAACACCGUCGCGCUAUGUCAAAAUAACACCGGAUUUUCUAAAACGUACAUUCUCGACGAUGGGGAAUAUACUGUCAUUCAUAUUAGAUCCUCCACAAAAAUGUAGAAAACAGAUUUUUCUGGAGGAUGAAUUUACCGUCAUAUCAUACAUGGUGUAUAAAGGAGAAAAUGUGCUAGUCAUAGAGUCUAAGAAAAAGGAAGGAUGUCGUGUAUUGCUCGAUAGAAAAAAUUUGUUGAAAUUACAAUAUCUAGAGGAGAGUAUUUUUGAAACGGUCAUAGGAAAAACCAAUAUCAUACGACCAGUUGUUUUAAAUCAAUUUGCGAUGAUCGGUAAUUAUAUUGAUCGAUAAUUCACUUAAGUUGAAAAACCGCCAAAAACAAACGGUGAAAUGAUGAUUUUUAUUAAAAACCUCCGGAAUGAACGAAUCACGACGAAUUCCGACUUAAACUUUGUUAGCCAGUUGAAAAUGUUUGUAACAAGUCAAUUAGCUGAACAAUGGGCGCAACGAUGGAAUGGAGAAAUGUCACCAGAGUUAUUCGCCGAAUCUGAAAUGAGGCUCAUUUCACCCCCGAGAUAUUCGAGUAUGUCUCCAAUGUUUGUUGACGAGGAACGUGGUAUCGAUGAAUUUUUAACACAGGCGACAUGGGCACCAGCUCGGAAAACAAAACCAUUGCCUUUUGAUGAUCCUGGCAGUCUACCGACGACGAUCAUAGACACUCUUCCCGCAUCGUUUGAUUCAGACAAUUUUGCACAGCCCCCUCCGUGGUAUACAGCGCCUCAAUAUAUUGAAUCUUCACCACCAAGUCCUGCAGUUGAUGAGAAUGACGGUCCAACGUCUUUCAACCUCUCACCAUCAUCCCCUCCAGCUCUUCUAGGAUUCACGGGUCAAAAGUUGGCAGAAUAA